AUGGGCGGAGCGACGCAGGGACGACGAGCGCAGGGAGAUAAACCCACUCUGAAACCACCAGGGUCGGGGAUAAAAACAGUGAAAACCCGCCGUCCCGCUUUCACCCAUCGCUGUUUAGAUUUAACCACUUCGUCUAAGAGGGUAAGAGCUUCAUAAUCGACGUUUUUAAACAUUUAAUUUGUUGUAAAUUCUGCGUAAAAUCCAACCCAUGUGGGGUUUAUUAUUUAACUGUGGCUCGUUGUGUGUCCGUGUGGCGAGCUCUCACUGUUUUGCUAGUAUGUUGGUCGGCGAAAGCUGCAGAGAGGAGGCGUUGCAUGGUUGUGUACUGGUUUUAAAACGACUAUAUUUUGCUUUUUCGUGCAAAUUACUAAUUCCCACCCUCGAUUGAGUGUGUCUUUGUGCGGUAGCUGCACAGGGCCACAUACCGUCUGCUCGGUGCUUUCUCCCUGUAGUACCUCCAGCCUGCUGUUUAGUGAGCAGGCCUGUGCGUGCAGUAUUUUUCUCUAAUGUCCUGUAGCUUUUUGUGACGGAUUUAGUGCUGCUCAGGUCAACAGUAUUUUCCCUUUUAAAGCGUUUGUGUUGCUCGUCUGGGCGUGUUGUGGGUCAGAGAAAACGGGGCUGUUUUCAUUUGUGUGGUGAUGGAGCAGUUUCCUGUAGGAUAGAUAGCACCAUGUCCUGUGUUUCACUUUUCCUGUUGAUCUCCCGGGCUUAUUGUGUUUUAUUACAGCGUACAAGGAAGCAACCAACCAUUUUGCACUAGAAGGAGUACCAAUUGUAUUACAAUUGCUAGAUUUCAGAUGCACCGAUCAAUUUUUUUCCCGAUCCAAUACGAUACGAUACUUGGGCUGGGCGUAUCGGCCGAUAUUCGAUACCGAUCCAAUACUACUGUUGAAUGAAUGAACUGUAUACCUUGCCCUGUGAGUAAAGGCAUCAGGCUUGACUUAGCCUUGUUAAAAAAAUGGUAACAAAUUAACAGAUAUAAAUUUACUUCAUAUCAUUUAUUAACAAAUAACAAUCUACAUUAUAGUAACAUUAGCACAUAGCAAAAAGAAGUAAGACUUCCAUGUAAACAUUUAGUGCAAAACGAUAGACAUUGAAUAUAGAGCGAACAGAAUUGCUGUGUUGCUGUGUAUGAUAUUAAUUUAAAGAAAAAAAAAGACUGGAUAUGAACGCUGGAUCGGCGUCAUUCAUCAGAUAUCUGAUCCAGUUAAUUUGUCAAUAUCGGAGCCAAUAUCUGAUCUAAAUAUCGGAUCGGUGCAUCCCUAAGCUGGAUCAUAUCACCAUUUGUGAUACUAAUAUAACAAAAGACAUAAAAAUGAAAUCUGGUUCAAGAUCGGCCCAAAAUGUCAGCUGACUUUCAACUACAGACAUAGAAAUCAGAAAUCAUCAAGGCUGAUUGGUAAGACAUGGGGAGCGAAUCAGACUCAUUCUGAUGCAUUUUGAUUCGCAGUUAUUUAUGUAACAUAACACCAAGUCUCAUGGGAUGCAAGCACUGCAAUCUAAUAAACUCAUCCUGCAGUAAUGCAGUUUAGUAAAGUGAUAUAAUAUCAGUUUUUGUUGUUAAGGUGACUGACACAUUUUUAGUCUUUAAUCGUUGCAAAAAAUAUAAAUGCCCAUCAAACCCUUUGCCAGAUGCUCCAGCUUUCCUUUAUUUAAUGAAAUCAUGAAUCAAUCCUAGAGUCAUGUUGUUUUGACAAAGUAAGCGGAUACAGAGGUAGUAAUAGCUUGUUCGCCUGUUUUUAGGCCUUAUCUGAAGAACACAUUGUUGCUGUCGUCUGUUUUCUGAAGUCCCUUCCCCCUCCACACUGUAUGAGGAUUAGCAAAGCCAAACUGCCAGGAUAAAUUGUCUCAGAGUGUUUUAAGAGACGGUAACUCCCAGGAUUUGGUAAUUCUGUUAGAAUGAGUGAAAUUCCCAGAGGAGGGAGCUCAGCUCUGUCAGUCUGGCUCUGUGUUGCCACCCUCCACAAGCACUUCACUACUACACAGACACAUAUACACUCACUCUGGAUACAGAGCUCGGUGUUUGUUUUACUCCCACUCCCCACACCCACAUCCUUGACUGCACUGCAGCUGAAAAUGUGUUCUUCAUUUCAAGUCCAGUCUCUGUUUCACUGUUUCAUUCUCCCCUAUCCAUAUGUGGUCACUCUGCAGGGUUUCAGGAGAGUUUUUCUAUUGAAUAAUAUGAAAAUAAAUGUUUUUGAACUCUCACCAACACUGGUGAGGUCACUUAAGAUCAUAGGUCAGAUGUUUAGCGAGCAAAAUUCAGUGCAGAUGCUGUCAUGAUAUUACAGAUUAGACCAGGAAGCUGUACAGGGAGGGGUGUUGUUUCAGAUCUUCCACUACUCUGUCCAAUAUUACAUGUUACAGCCUGAUAAACACUGAACCCCUGUGCUCAUGUGCAAACAUAACACAGUGUAUGGGUGGACCUUGUUGAUGUUAACCCAAAGGAUUGUAUGUUCUGUUUGUCUUUUAAGUACAUUUUCAGUGUAACUCAAGGCUCCAGUUAACCUUUCAAGUAUUCCUUUGUCUGUGUUUUUGGUCUCCAACAAUCUCUUUGGGAAAUCAUUUUACUUUUUCUGAAUAAACCAGCUAGCUGCCAACAUUGUCUGACUGCAAGAACAAUGCUGCAAUGAAAUAAUUUAAUUGUGCAGUGCUUUGGUUUGUGGUGUGGUUUAUAUGGGGCAGGUCAGGUCAGGCCAAAGAAAAUGCACCAGUAACGACAGAAAACUCAACAGAAACACUUAAAACAAUGCAUCCCUAGUGUGAAACUGAGUAUUAAGCAAGUUUUUAAAUAUGCCUAGAAAGGAUGCUACUCAAGUUUUAAAGGAAUAUUACGGCAUAGAAUUAAUUUAGGGUCAAACACACUCUUAACACAGAGUUAGACAUCAUUUCUUGCAAUGUAAAAUGCAAUCAGACCAAGACGCUAAGGCAGAAGAACUACCACGUCUGCAGUGCAAAAUGAUGAACAUGGUGAUUAUUACUUCAAGGAAAUGAUAAAGAUAUAAUCAUAAAUGUUCUUCCUUGAGCUGCGUCCCCCCACAGCAGUCCGUAAUGGACUGGCCCUUGCUACAAACAAGUGACUGCUGGAGGAGAGUAGUUGAGUUGUGCUUAGUCUCUUUGCUAAAGAAAAUAGGCAAAGUUAAAAAGGUUUGGUGGCUAGUUCUGUGGCUGGGACCCUAUAUGUACUGUUGAUGAAGUUAGGUGCUGUUCUGAGCAUUUUUUGUGGCUAUAGAGUGGCUUUUUGGUUGAGGUUUGUUUAUGGCUUCUCAGACUGUUGUGUAAUGCUACCGUGCAGUCAUUACUAGUGUUGGUAUAACUAGGGAAGCAAGCGGUCAGCAACAUUCAUCUCUCGGUGUUAUGAUGUGUUUGACCCUAAAUUAAUUUUACGCCGGAAUAUCCCUUUAAAAGUAAUCCCAAAAUUGUUUCUUAUAUGAAGUUGAAGUUUUUGGAAAUAUUAAUAAUAUUCUAUUUCAUUUAAUUUCGUAUUUAAGUCUCUGUACCUAAGAGUCUUUAUUUUUCCCCCAGGAGAUAACGUAAGUCAUCUCAGUAAUACCUGGAAAAAGCACCAUUUUACUGUGGAUGACGGAUAAAAGUGAAUUUAAUGUGGAGUAGACAAUAAUGUGAUGCUCUGCUAGCUUGCACAGUGCACUGUAAUCCCCUAUAACAGGUCACGGCCACAGUUCAUUUCAAAGUAAAACAAACCCUGACUGCAGCCAUGAUCCAUUCUUCUAUAAAUAGAAGUACAAAAUAUUGACGAGCCAGAAUAUUGAACCUCAGUUACAUGUGAACUACUCUUCUAGAGCCCCUGGUAGGGGAUUUUGGGACUUGGGCCAACUGCUAUUUCAGAGGGGAGCAAAUUCACUGAUUACCAAUAUGGCAAUUAAAUAAAGUCCAAUUCUAAUAGAAGUGCAAUGAAAAUAGACUUUAUCUGUGUUCACUGUGGAUUAACUGGGAACUGAAAUGAUGACUCAAAGCUACAAAAAGCCGAGUGAAGUCAUCAUCAAGUUGGGUUUUUCUGCAUUGUUUUUGCAGAGGUUAUAUAUCUGGAUGAUGCCUCUUAGAUAGUUAUAGUACCACAACAGUAUUUUACCUCUACGUUGUGCAAACUUGCAUGUCCUUGCUUCUGUCUAGCUCUUCUCUGUCUCUUAUGGUUUUUGCUUUUAAGUGUGUUGAUGCACCAGCAGAGCAGCUACCUGCUUGUCUAAUGUGCUGUGAUUUCAGCUGCGAGGUCAGCAUGGAUUCACUUAGAUAACUGCCUCCCACUUUGUUAACACUGUGUUUAAGUGUGUCUUCUGUUAGCUCAUGUUGUCAAUGACUCUACUCAGCUUCUCUCUGCAUGUCACUUAGUAUUGGGUGUGUAAGGCCGUAUGGAGGGUAGUGCUAAAAUGCAUCUAUUGCAUUCCUACCCGUCAUAGUAGUAAGGGUCUUCACUCACGUGCAGGCACUAAAAGCAGUUGCUGUUGGAUUUUGAGUCCUCAGUAAUGACAGGCAUCCUGCUCAGAGAUAUAAAGAGCCUCGUCUAAAUGCUUGUCAACUGUACACACACUCAUCUUCGCACACACACACUUGAACUGUUACAGAAAGAGCAGCGGGACACUGAGGCCUUUAUUUUUCCUUUUUUUCUCGAACGCCAUAAUGAUCUUUUUCACUGCCUAUGCUUGAUUGGCAUAUUUUUGGACCCCCAUAAAUGGCUCUUUUGCUUUUUCUAAGUCUUAGAUUAGUCAUGCUGACAAUAUGAUUUUGGCACAAGCUUCUGUCUCACAAGAAAAUACUGUUAAAUUUAAAUACAUGCGCUAUUUAAGACGGGCUUUCAAAAAUACCAAAAAUACAACCUUUUUCCUUUCAUUUUAUCCUGCUUUAGUCUAGAAACAUUUUAUUUAACCUUGUCAUAGCAGGUUUGAAACAUCAUUGAUAAACCUUGUCCUACUGUGCACCAAUGGUAGGGAUAAAUAGGCCUGCUUUUCUUUUAAAGCACCCAUUUCUACCACAUAACGAACGUUUAAAUACCAUAAAAGGAUUCUUACAUAAAGAUAUCAUCACAGUUUUGCAAUACUUAAAACGCCGGGUUAUCUUUAAGGCAUCUUUGUGUAAAAGGCUGUUGUUGGCAUCGCUGCAGAGCAGUUAACUGGACUCCUCUACGUCUUCAUUAAAGUUACGUGGGGUCAUUUUUUAUUUGCCAAAUAUUCAAAUUCACUGCAGCGAUCACAAAGAGAGAACGGUGUGAUGAGUCUACAAUGUUGCAGCUGAAAUAUACUUAUGUUCUUAGAUUGGAUUGAGAUUGAGAUUAUAAUACCAAUAUUUACUUUGUAAAUGGACAGAAGUGUUUCCCAGGAGUGACAGUAGAGAGGCAAAGAAGUCGAAACUCAAUCUUCUUUCUUAACUCUGCACAGCUGGAAAAAUUGGUUCAUUAUUCUGGUCAAGAUUUCAUGCCUGUUUGAAUGUAGUCUAAUGAGAUGGGUUAAGUGUUCACUUUAAUGCAAUCAUUUAAUUUCCUUUAAAAUUUUUCAGAAUUACAUUUUAACGAAAUUAAACUUAAGCAUCAAGUAAACAUUGAAAGCAGAUUACAGACUCCCACUGUUUCAAACAAUCCUCUAAGGGAAGUCUUACUCUGGAUUUUGUUGCAGAGUACAACUAGAUUAUGAAAAAGAAGAUGCCACAAUCAACUGACCCAGUGCAAACACACUCAACAGGCUGCACCAGACUUUUUAAAUUGAAAAAGUAUUUUUUAUAAUGUCAGCUUUGAUUUAAUAAAGAAUUUCAGCGAUACAAUAACCACAGGAAGGACAAACAAGUUCAAAGUCUUCAGAGAGAUUCUGUAGCAGGUCCUGUGUUUCAUCCUUAUGCUGCUGUUGCCAUUGUUCACCAUUUCCAGCAAAUUUGAAACCGGUUAUUUUCCCACAAUGACAAAUCCAAAUGUUCCCUCCAAUUUCUCACACAUAUAAUAAUACACUGCAUCUCUGUGCUGCUAGAUUCAUCAUCAAACUUGUUGCUUAGAAACGCUUGGAUGCACACACACACCAAGGGUUUUCCACAUGCACUCUGUAAAUGGUGGUAGAAGUAGCAGACUUUGCUGUGCAUCAGCUGCUCAGUGUUAUGUAGCUGUGGCCCUCGGUACAGUGGGAGAAGAUAAGAGGAAGUGUCACACUUGCUGCCAGCAAGAGCUGGUUCAUAGCAGAUUGACUUUGUGCACAGUCAAGUCUUUUUGACAGCUGGGGUCAGCUUCUCGUCUCCUGUUUGCAGUUAGAAAUGCUGGUUAUCCAAAAGUACAUCUAUAAUCAUACCUUUAGUUUGAGUUCACAUCCCUGUCUGCCACUCCCUCCAUUAAAUCCGUAGAAGCAGGGUGAAGUUACACCAUGUUAUGUUUUUCGUGACCUUUAAGUGAUAGUCUGGUCGGAAGAGACGGUGCAGAGAAAGGUCAGGAUCUGACACACAGAGCUGCUGCUAUGAAUUCUUUAACAUUAUCCGGGUGGUGCCGAGUGACUUUCAGCUCUAGGUCUCAGUCCGUUUUUGCAAAGUGAAUAUUAUUUAGCUAAUUUUGAUAUUCAGUUUAUGCAGUGAGAUUUUAGGAAAAAGCAGCGCUCUCUGCUUCUUAUGAUUUCACCCUUUAAUGCACAGCUGCCUCUCUGUGAUUCAGGAUAGGGGUGUCCUGGUACAACAUUUUUACUUACGAUACAAUACCGACAUUGUAGCCUUUAGUAUUGGCCGAUACUAAUAUUGACCUGAUAUUAGCACAAACUUAUGCAGGACAAUUUUUGCACUCAGCUGCAACGUCUUUUUUGGACGUAAAUGUAAAUACUGACACACAUGCCGACAUCACUCCUACUCCUUAGUACUUUGUUUGUGCCUUAUGCUGCGUUCGAGUUACCCCCGGAAGUCAGAAGUCCAAGCUGGGAAUGACGUUACACCCGAGUUACCAGUGUAAGUCGGAGGAAAGCAAAAUCGUAUGCGGAAACAAGAUGGCUACAUCUACGAAAGUUAUUUUAGCGCUUGCCUUGUCCGAAUAUAAGCAAGGACAAGGCAAGCGCUAAAAUAACUUUCGUAAGUGUAGCCAUCUUGUUUCUGCCUCCGAUUUUGCUUUUUUUCAAACUUGGUAACUGAAAUGCUGGUAACUCGGGUGUGACGUCAUUCCCAGCUUGGACAUCUGACUUCCGGGGUAACUUGAACGCAGCAUUAGUUCCCACUGUUGUUGUGAUCACGUGGGCUCUGCAUGCUGAAUCUGGGUGCUGCUAGCUAUAGGCGCCAGAGGGAGUCCUGAAUGGACCACUUAUAUUGGAGUGCUGAUAUCAAUGCAGGCUGAUAUAACCACAUAUUUGCAUUUUGGCUGAUAUCAGACCAAUAUCCAGUAACAUGGGCCAUCUUGGAGAUGUCAGAAACACACAGUUUUUGUGCGUCUGUGUAGCUGUUUCUAGUAGUUUGCAACCCUGCUAUCUACCAGUAAAAUAGUAAAGCCGAUAUAAACAGACUCGCUGCUUCUCUUGAAGUUGCCUCUCUUGUCUUAAAUCAUGCCGCUGUUUCCUUUAAACUCUGUGCAACAUGCAUGCUGAAAACAGCAGUAGAUAGAGUGUUUUAAAGUCCGCUGCUCCGCUGUCGUGUUUUGACUCUGAUGUAAAGCGAGUUUGAGGGUGUGCGUCUUGUGACACCGACUGGCUUGCAGCAUGAUGUAGCCCCUACAGCUGCUCUUACAUAACAGUAAUCUUGAAAGGCUGUGCUGUGUUUCCAUGGUAAUGUGUUUGGUUUCCAUGGCGAUCGCGCUCUCAACAGUGGAGUGGGAGGCUUGUGGAGCCCCCGCGCCCACAUAUCUGAAGAGAGAUAAGACAAAAAGGGAGGGGCGGACGUGCUGUGAGAUGACAACACUCUACAUGGAUGGAGACACUUCCUGCACAUAAGGCCGUUGUGAUUGCUUCAGUGUCCAUGAGAGAUAAACAACUUUGUGGAUGUGUUGUUGGUGCAGCACCGCACAGCUGGAGUCUUUCAGCUGACUCUUGAGGCCCAGGAGAGUGCAGCAGGAAAUGAAUCUGUCUUGUGAAAAGCAGUGUAAUCUACCUGAUUAACCUCACCUUCAUAUUGAGGAACACAGUCCCUUUUUUUACUCUUGCUUUGUUUACUCUGACAUUUAGAGGAUUGUUCCAAAAUAAAAGGUCUGAAAGCAUUAAAGCUUCAGAGGUGAUUUUUGCACAUCCGCUCUCGCUCUUGUUGCCUCUUAUUUCCUUUGCCAUCUUCUAGUUUUAGAAAUACUUUUUCUUACACUGAUGAUUCAAUAGGGCUGUCAUCAACCAAAGAAAUUUUCUACCAAAAUUCGACUAACUGGAGUUGGGAGUGGCAGGUGGUUCUGACUCUGAUGGCAAACCCUUCUGCAGCGGGGGACAACGCUGCUCAGCAGAGCAAGGUUCGGCGGGAUAAAAUUGACUGAUAUCAGUACAAGAACGCAAUUAAACACGAUGAAAGUUGAAACGCUCAAAAUAAAAAUGCAAACCACGAGACGUUGAUUAACGUGAACGCUCCUCAAUCUUCCCGUCUCCGGUCAGUCACCAGUGGGUUAGGCGAAUCCAAAACGGUUAAAACAAGGGGGUGUUCUGUGACAGGCGGUUAGCUGUGAACAUAGACUGUAUAUAGAAUUUACGCCAUCUGCCUCCUCGAUGGGUGAAGCCACUCCGGGAACAGCACCCUCUGUUGAUGAGCUGCGGUAUAGGUCAUAAAUCCCGCCUCCGCCAGCAAAGGAGCUGUGGACAAACUUUAGAAAUUUAUUACACAGAACAUAACUUUUUCCCCCCUGCUUGCGAUGUUACUACAUGUAGUUACUGUAAGACUGGUUUGUGCUCAAGUCGUCCUCUUUCUCUACAGCUCCGUUUUUAAAAGUUAUUCGGGGGUUCUUGAAACAGCCUAUGGGCUUUCGAAGAUUGCGUAGCUCACCUGGUGGAUACGCUGUUUGAGCCGAGCGUCAACACAGCGACCGUCUGCAACUCUUCUGCCGAAAGCGCACAAUGCUUCUGCCCAAGUGGUGGAGUACGUACAACGCUACUGCGCAAUGUUGGUUUCAGGAAAUGGAGAUGAAACGCAGAAUUAUUAAGAGCUUUACGGCUUCAAAUCCAUAAACUGGCGGAAAGUGGAACCAAGUCGUCCAUAGUAUAUACAGUCUAUGGCUGUGAAUCGGGGUUUCUCUGAAAACACCCCCAUUAGCACUUGGUACGUUCCUCCUGAUGAAAUUAACCAUACUGUAAAUUGAGGCAGAAGAAAAUCUAGUUGACAAAUCAGAAUUUUGGUCGACUCAGCGUGUAUCGACCAAUAAGUCGACCAGUCGAACUUUUAGCUGACACUUAUUAAUUCCAACUCAAAUCAAUAACACAAGAAACAAAGACAGUUCUGCCUCUACAGCUGAAUCUUCCUCUGCAGACUGGAGCUGUACCGUACAUGCAGUAAUGUUUUAUUCAUGUCUUAAGUCUUCAUCCGCCACUGAGCUGUCAAACUUACCAUGCUCACUCCCAGUGGAUGUGUCACAGUGGAUGUGUAUAAGGAGCACAUCAACGGGGCAGCGAGGGAUUCGUCAGCAAAAACAGCAGCAACUCAAGAUGCUGCUUCAGUCGGCUGGCAGAUACCUCUGCCGUCUUCCAUUACCCGGUCUUUAUGAUACAUCCUGAUAUUUUCAAGUAACAUUUCAAGAGAAUAGGGCACAGUGGCUCUGAAAUGACCAAUAAAACAAUUAAAGUGAUAAAUUCUCAUAAAACUGACCUUUCUUAUGUCUGAACACUUGUAUUGUCUGAUGUGUACUCCACGGCUGGUUAUGCCUUCAGGGUAUUGUCUCUUGAAUUCAGCUGUCUCAUUGUCAGCGGGCAUGCUUGAUUUGUCGUGUUGUCACCAGCAGCAAACAACAUCAUGAACAACAGGCGGCAAAUGCAGUUAAACAGAGUGAGAGUGAAGCAAAUGAGAUCAGACUCUCACUCCAAAGAAUGAAGACGACCUCUCCAUGAACCAGACUGACAGAGGCUGUUUUUAUGCGUCUGCAGAAGAGACCACAGUGGACUCAUUCAGACCCUGAAACUGUAUUUGAUCCAAAUGAACAGAUUUGAAGUGUGUCUGUGGCAGGAUUAUGUCACAUUGUUUUAAUUUUCCAGCGUCAAACCAGUUAGUUCCUGAGUUGUUUUUUUUUCUCAAAGCACAGAGAUGAAUGUAUUAAUAACAGGCUGGGUGGGGACUGGGACUCUGUCUCUAAUGAGAGCGUUUGGCACCAAAGCUAAUUGCCGAUGUCCUUAUUCUUCUGUCAAUAACAGAGACAGAGGACAAGAGACAGGGGGAGGAAGCAGCUUGUUUUCCUCAGCCUCUUCCUUUGGUAGAUGCACUUAAAACUGUAUUAAUGAUUAAAAGGACACGACACCAAGGGUUUGGUUUUGGGAAAUCAGGGCGCAGCUGUGUUUUGAAGGUGUCAGGGACUACUGCCUCAUCUUUGGAAACGGUUUUGAGUGUCUUCCAUCACAAAAGGAGUAAAAAAUCAGACGUUUAUUUUCAAACAGUUCAGUUCAUUUAUUUGAAAGAAGGAAUAUUACAACUCUCACAUGGAAAGCAGAGUUUUUCCUAGGGCUGGGUGAUAUGGCCUCAAAUCAAUAUCACGAUAUAUCGAGCAGUUCACCUCGAUAACGAUAAAUGGACGAUAACUACUCAACAAGCUGCUCACCCCCUCCCACAUUAACUUCAUCUGCUUCAGCUGCUACAACUUUUGAAUGGUCCUCCAUCUCCUCACCUGUCUUUCCCUCUUUGUUACGGACUGGAUGGGGUGGAGUCACGUCUCUGACAAGAGACCAUAGCCUGCCUACACACAUCCAAAACCAAUUUUUAUUUAUUUAUAUAUUUUUUUAAACUGAAUAUAUUGACCUGAGCAAAAUGACGUUGUUAUUGUUGUAAAUUUCAGUAUCUGUAAAUGUUCGGUUUAUCGCCCAGCCCUAGUUUUUCUUCUUCUUCUCUCAUUUUUGUAUGUGGUCAGGGUAACCAAAUAACCAAAACAGAAAAAUAAUCUAGAUUUGAAUCUAUCAAUGUUACAAAUUUUACACAGCUAACCCCUGAACAAAUCAAACCGCUUCAUUCUUACCUUCGUCCCUCUCUUUGCAGCAUUUCCAUGCUGUGAUCAUUUAAUUUCUCUUCAUUUAAGGGGAAAUUGGACCAAACACCGUUGGCCCUGAAUUAGUCCGACAGCAUAAACACGACACAAAAAGGCUUGAUUGGAGCAGGUGACCUGAGAUCUGUGAAAACGUCGGGUUUGAUGUUGUGGAAAAUCUCCAGAAGUCCAAUAAAAGCGGACAGAAAGAGAGAGAAGCUCUGUCAGCGCUCAGUGUGAUACUGGAUGCUUUGGGUUUGGUCUGCAGUUGUCAUGGUGGUUUUGGCUGCACAUUUGUAUUGAUGUGGUCUAAUGGGCUGCAUCACUUUCUGCCAGAGCUCUCCCCAUUAUACAUGCAUGCUCGCACUCACACACACACACACACGCACACACACACACACACACUUCCUUAUGCUGAGGAGUCGGCCUGUGUUGGUCAGAGUCAGGGCCUGAGAAAUCUGUGCUGUGACAGACGAGCUGAAGCUCCUUAUUCUCACAGACACAGAGCCAGCUGGAUGGACGUAUAGGAAAUCACUCUGUUCUCAACCAUUAUGGCUCUAAUCCCUCCCUCUGUUGUCAAUAAGAGAGGACGUUUAGUAAAAGCUAAAUAGAAUAGAAUAGAAUAUUUCUUUAUUGAUCCCUCAUGGGGAAAAUUUUUUUGUCACAGGAGCAUUACAGACAAAAAGUGCAAAAAUGCAGUUAUAAAAAUAAAGAUCCUAAUAUUAAGAACUUAAAUAAAUGUAAUAAUUAAGAAAAAAUUAGAAAAGGGAAAAAGGGAGAAGAAAAAAAAAAAUAUAUAUAAAUAUAAUAUAAAUAAAUAUGUAUGUAUGUAUACAGGCUUAAGAAAUUUCUGCAUAAUAUUUAAAAUUGAGAUAUUUUUGUAUUCGACUCGCAGCUUUAUGUUCAUUUACAUUUCUGGGUUACUUUUCUCCGUACAGCUGUGAGAGUUGAGUGAUGUGUUAAUGCAGGAAAUGCUCCGAGAAAAUCAAUGAAAAUCCCUCUGAGCUGGAGAGGGAGUCAUGUGAUCUGAGCAGGAAGUAAAGGAGUGUGUUAGUUUGACAGGGGAGGAUGCUGAUUUUCUUUAAAAACCAGGAAAACUUUCUCUGUGUACUCCUGUUGGUAUCUAUUUUGUCUUCCAGCAGAUAUCCACUCUUAAUAUUUAUAGAGAAAAUUAACACAAAUAUGUCAUGAAAUCUACAGAAACGUGUCAAAUGUGAGGAAAACAGGAUAGAAAAGUGAUUUCAAUCAAUAGUCAAAGAGUAGAUAUUGAUCUUUUGUUCGUUCUGUCUGCAGGAGGACAGGCCAGGAUGA